AUGGCUGCUCAACUCACAGUUAUUUAUGCUCAAGCUUGGGAUUAUCAGUUAUUGCUUGAUAGCUUGAGCUAUGAACUAGAAGGUGUCGAAGCAUAUAUCGCGAAAACAAACAAAUAUCCUAAAAAAAACCAAAUCUACGGGACUACAAAAGGAACCAUUAAAGAUCACAGUGGAUCUGCUGAGGAUUACUACGAUACAGCUUUAACCAAUUUAUUGACUUUGUCCGGAAUGGUUAAAUCAACCCCUCUUCCAGAAGUCAAGGAGUAUGCGCUGGUAGAAUUUUAUAAAUGGAUUGAUUAUUCGGAGAUAACUGAAAAAAAUUGCUCACCUGACUUAGGUCGUCUUUUAAUUGGUGUGCAUGAGUCAUUGAAGGGUGAAGGAAGGAAAAUUUUGGAUGAUACCAAAAUGUAUCUUGCAAAUACAGAACAACCUCCGAAUGAGUCUUUCAUUAACGUUUUUAGCGCUACUCAAAAGUUUGCACAUGAAACAAGAGAAAUGAAGGAAAGUCUCAAGGAUCAAAAAUUCGACAAAUCUCCAAGGUUUUACGGUGAUAGCGAAAAAGGGAGAAGAAUUUUUGAAAUGAUUGAGGCAAAAUAUGUUGAAGCUUAUUUAAGUAAUUAUUCUUAUUCGCAACAAGAGAGUCAAAUAAAAAAUACCAGCAUGUAUGGAA